AUGCUAGAUGAUUAUGGUGUUUCAAUGGGGUAUCAAAAAGCCUGGAGAACAAGAGAAAAAGCUUUAGAAUUGGCAAGAGGAAACCAAGAUGAUUCAUACCAAAAACUUCCCAUCUACCUUCACACGCUAAAAGUCUCGAACCCAGGUACAAUAACACACCUGGUUACAGACAAUAAAGAUCACUUCAAAUAUAUGUACCUAGCAUUUGCAAAUUCCAUCAAAGGAUGGAAACACUGUAGGCCAGUCAUUGUGAUAGAUGGAACUUACUUGAAGACAUCAUUUGGGGGAACUUUAGUCACUGCUUCAACAAUGGAUGCUAACAGCAACAUAUUUCCAUUAGUCUUUGGAAUAGGAGACUCUGAAAAUGAUUCAUCAUGGUUAUGGUUUUUCACAAAGCUAAAGGAGACAUGGAGAAAGAGAAGUUACUUCAUUGUGAUAUGGCAAACAGGUAUAGCAAUCAUUUCAGGCAGGCACAAAAGCAUAGAAAAUGCUGUAGAGAAUGUAUACCCAAAAGCUUUCCAUGGAGCAUGCAUAUUCCACCUGCUAAACAACAUCAAAGUCAAUUUCAGUGUCCGUGGAGAGGACCUAAACAUAAACUUUGUCAAAGUAGCAAAGGCAUACAGGGUUCAAUCAUUUGAGCACUACAUGAAUGAAAUAGACAAGAUUGACACUCGCAUAAGACCGUAUUUACAAAAAAUUGGAUAUUGCACUUGGUCUAGAUGCCAUGCUCCAACAAGAAGAUAUACAAUGAUGACAUCAAAUAUAGCCGAAUCGAUAAAUGCUGCAUUGAAAGCUGCAAGAACGUUGCCAAUCACUACAAUGAUGGAAGGCCUUCGAAGUUUAGUUCAAAAAUGGGUCUUCCUAGUAAACACUAUAGUAUACCAAGUUGUGGUUGAAGACAAAGGAAAUUUUCUGGUCAACCUAAUGGAGAAAACAUGUGAAUGCAAAAGGUUCCAACAAAAUGAAAUACCGUGUGCACAUGCAAUAACAAUAUUCGCCAAAACACGGCUGAAAACAUAUGAUUAUGUUGUUGAUUACUACAAAACUACAACUAUGAAAGCAACAUAUGAGUCAAUUGUUUAUCCAUUGCCAAAUGAAAGCGAAUGGACACUGCCAGAGACUUUAAACAAAAUUGUCCUACCACCAAAAUCAAGAAAACCACCAGGCCGCCUUAGAAGGAAAAGAAUCAGAUCUAGAGGAGAACCAAAAGUGCAGAUAAAAUGUGGAAGAUACCCGCAACCAGGACAUAAUAGAAAAACAUGUAGGAAUGAACCAAUCCCAAAGCAGCGAAACCCAACAAAGUCAAAGAAAUUAGACAAAUAA